GUUGAAAGAGGCUGCUGCGUCCUGUGAGUGGUAACCAUCAGCAUGGAUCCCUUCCGUUUGCAGGGUGACCUUUCGGGAAAGAAGCGCACAGCAUUCCGCAAUACAAAACUGAUUCCUAUGGAAACCUCUUCAUCCUCUGAUGACAGCUGUGACAGUUUUGGCUCUGAUAAUUUUGCAAACACAAAACCGAGCUUCAGGCCAGAAGUUGCAGAAAAAAUGGCUAAAAUUUUUAAUGAAGAUUCGGAUGCUGAAUCAUUCUGCGGUUUUUCAGGAAGUGAGAUUCAGGAUGUACUGAAACUGGAGACGGACUCUGAGGAACAUGAUAUGAGCGAUGUUGUAGACAAGUUUCUGCGUAAGAGGCCACAGAAAUGCUCUGCUCCUCUUAAAGUGGCUAUGAAGUUCCCACUUCGAAGGUCUAAGAGGGGAAAGAAUGAAAUAGUUUCAGCCCCCAAAUCUUCCUGUGAACUGGAAUUGGAUUCAGACUCUGAUGAAGAAAGAGGCCCCAAAUUCUUAGAGAAAAGAGCUUUAAAUAUAAAGGAGAACAAGGCCAUGCUUGCAAAACUAAUGGCAGAAUUAAAAAAUGUCCCUGGAAUUUUUACUAGGAAAGGUCCACUAGCAACUCCUACUCUGAAACCACAGCGGACCCCAAGAAAAUCAUUUCCCAGAAGUGCCUUGAGGAGGAAUCCAGAAAGAAGUAGUAGGCCUCACACAAGAUCCAUGUCCCUGAUCGAAGGCCCCCCAAGUCCUGUACCAGAGAAGGAGGAAGAUGAUCCCUACCUCUUAGUGAGAAGGAAAAUGUCUGAUGAAUACUCAGAGGAUGAAAUGGACACUCCCAGAAGAAAACGCUAUAGUACUUUGACUUUUCCCCAUGUUGUCCGUCCGGUAGAAGAAAUAACCAAGGAAGAGUUGAACAAUAUCUGUGAGACUGCGAGAGAUAAAGUGUAUAACCGUACGAUGGGUUCUACCUGUCACCAGUGUCGUCAGAAAACCAUAGACACCAAGACAAACUGUCGUAACCCGGAAUGUAUUGGAGUGCGUGGUCAGUUCUGUGGGCCUUGCCUUCGCAACCGCUACGGAGAAGAAGUUAGGGCUGCUUUGUUGGAUCCGAACUGGCGUUGCCCUCCUUGCCGUGGGAUCUGCAACUGUAGCUUCUGCAGGCAGCGAGAAGGGCGGUGUGCUACAGGUGUGCUGGUUUACUUGGCUAAGUACCAUGGGUACGACAACGUCCAUGCUUACUUGAAAAGCCUGAAACAAGAACUUGAAAUGCAAGAGUGAAGUUCUGGCACUGGUCUUCAAUCAUCAACUAUACUAACAUUAUGGUUAAUGGUCCAUUUGAGGUUUUAAUUUUUGUUAACUGUUCUUACCAUAUAUACUUUUUAAGUGGAGAAAAAAGUCCUGUUGUGUUGUUUGACUGAAAUUCCAUAUGGCCAGGAUCUGAGUUUGUCAUUCUGUUCGGUAGAAAUGUGUGCCAUGUUUUGUUUCAUGCUGGAUGCUCUUGGUGGUGGGUUCACAGAAAGGCUGCAGCUUGCAGAAAGAGAUGCUUUACCAUAAGGUUCCUCUGAAUCUCUCUGUGCCAGGGCCUCACGUUUCUGGUCACAGCUGGCAUGGAGAUGUUUUGUGCAACCCAGACAAUUUACAUCGGUUAGUGUGUCUAUAUGUUGAAGAGCCUUUGCAUAUGAGCUCCCGCUGCUCCCGCCAUCAUACUACCCUAACAUAUCCGUUCUUAAUGUUUACUUUCAGUCCAAUCUUUUCCUCUCCGUUGGAAAGGGGGAAAACUUCCUUUGGGAUUGCUAGUGCAUCUUUUUUCUGCAGAUACUAUGAUUGGCAGAUUUAGUAGCCAACCAAACAAGUCCUUAAAGACCAUUUUAUGUGUUAGUAGCUGUGUAACUUAUGUGGCAGAACAACUUAAAUUCUAGAUACCUAGUUAUUUUUUGAAAGAAGCAGUGACAGAAGUUGACAUUUCUUAAACUAGGAAUUAUGGCAGUAGUUGAGCCAGUUUAAAUCAUUCAGGUUCAAGACAGCAUUUAGUUGUUAUCCAUCUUAAAGCAUGUAUGGAUUUUCAUGCAUCUUACACAAUGCUUGCAAGGGUAGAUAAAAGAAAAGGGAAUGAACAGCUCAGUAUAAAAUUAAGUUAGUUUUGCCUUGUGAAAAGUUACUGAGGUAUCUUAAUGUUCUUAAAGCCACGCUCUUGUCUUGAUAUGGAAUAUGUGAAAGAAACAGUGCACACACAGAAGGUAAAAUUCUACGUCAUAGUGGUGGAAAUCUGCUCUUGCAACAGGGCUUUUCCCCUCCCCAUCAGUCCUCCCCCCCCUUCUUAAAAAUAUGCUCUGGAAAGUUUCCCAGCUCACCAGAGCAGAUUUUGAGGACACAAGGAGGGAGAGGGAAUUGCCACAACCAUCACUACCCCCCAUUCUGCUGAUGGAAGCAAUUACACUAGAAUGGUACUUGGAUACAGUCCAAAGUAUUUGAGGCGGAUUCAUACAUUGGCCAAACAUCAGAGUCUGCAAGAGCAAGUCCAUUCACCCACCCCAUGCUUAGCACAUAAUGUUUAAUAUGGAGUGUAGUAUGUGUAGCCCUGUAUAUACAGCCCAUCUACUCCAAACAAUGAGGUGGUUAAAUUAUAUGAAUGUACCAAUGUGAGCUUUGCAUCAUGCUUCAUGUAGGAUGGGUGGUGAGAAGCAUGCACAAGCCUGAGGCUUGCUCUCACACAUCAGUGCACGUGGACAUACGUGCAGGAACAGGUUUGUGAUGGCAAGCCUGUGGCUUUGUUCAAGCUUAACUAUAGAUAGUUCCUGUUCAUCAGCUACAAUAUAAACUGAACAAGGAGAUCUCAGUUCAUCAGCUACAAUAUAAACUGAACAAGGAGAUCUCAGUCCAUCAGUAGGACACUUUCAGUGUUUCAAAGUAUGUUAGCUAAUAGAGGGCCUGUGCUUCAAACAGCAGUCCUAGGUGGGGACUGUUGCUUUCAGUCACGCAGCUUGCUUUGAGUAAGGAGCUGACUGCUUGCCUUUGCUUAAUUAAAAUGCAGUGCCACAUGGAUGAUGGGCUGUAGGAUUUAAAGCAGUGGAAAGGGAAGUGCUAUAACAUAUACAUGAAUGGCUGCAAAACUCAACGUUGAGUAUUAUAUAAGCAGGGAACUGAAUACCUAAAUCUUGAGUUGUUGCAAACAAAGGCAUGUUUUGCUAGCAUAUUUUU